UGGGGGCGUGCCCGUUCCGUCUCCCCGCCCCCUCCACGCGUGCGCAGCGCCGAUCGCUCUCGGCGCGGGCGGUGCGCGCGUGUUGUUGUUUGUCUCUCGGAUUUACAGCGGCCAUCACCACCACCAUCAUCAUCAUCAUGACCAUCGUCACCACCCUAAGAAGCAGCGUCGACAUCUAUCACGAGCCUUCGCAUCGUUCGCACGAUCAUCAGCAGUAGCAGCAUCGGCAGCCCCAACGUCAUCAUCAUCAGCAGCAGCACUGUCAUCAUCAUCAGCAGCAGCAACGUCAUAAUCAUCAUCAUCAGCAGCGGCAGCUCCAACGUCAUCAUCAUCAGCAGUACCAUCGCCACCAACGUCAUCAGCGGCUGCGGCGCUUAUUAGUGCCAUCAGCUCCGUCCACUCGCUCCCCGCAUCGCGACCCUCUCGGCUUUUAGCCCACAAAAGAUGUCCCUGACCGCCGACGAGCGAUGCCAGCCCCUGCGAGGCGCCGCGCUCGACGAGGUCUUAUCCUCCACGGACAACUUCCUCUUCGACUGCGACGGCGUCCUGUGGCGAGGCAACCGAGCCCUGGACGGCGCCCCGGCCGCGGUGAACGCCCUGAAGCGCCUGGGCAAGCGCGUCUUCUUCGUCACCAACAACAGCCGCAGGACGCGCGCCAUGCACCGCGAGAAGCUGCGGCGCCUCGGGUUCCGCGCCGCCCGGCGCGACGUCUACGGCUCCGCGUUCCUCGCCGCGCAGUUCCUGCGCCUCGAGGCGCCGCCGCACGGCCGCGUCUACGUGAUCGGGGACGCGGCCGUGUGCCGCGAGCUGAGCGACGCGGGCAUCAGCUACGUUGAGGCCGGGCCCGAGCCGGCCUUUGGCGACGUGGAGCAGUGGACCAACCUGCCACUGGAGCCAGACGUGGGCGCCGUACUGGUGGCGUUUGACGAGCACUUCAGCUACAUGAAGCUCAUCAAGGCGUGCUGCUACCUGGCACGCCCCGGGUGCCUCUUCCUCGCCACCAACCGUGACCACGCCGAACUCGUGGCGCCGGGGCGCGUGCUGCCCGUCACGGGCAGCCUGCUGGCGGCGGUGGAGACGGGCGCGGCGCGGCAGGCCACGGUGCUGGGCAAGCCGAGCCCCUUCAUCCUGCGCUGCAUCGCCGCGACGAGCCCCGGCGGCGCCCUCGACCCGGCGCGCACGCUCAUCGUGGGCGACCGCCUCGACAUGGACGUGGCGUUCGGCAACGCGUGCGGCCUCCGGAGCGUGCUGGCGCUCAGCGGCGUCUCCAGCCUGGAGGACGCGCGCGGCUGCCUCGCUGAGCCCGCCCGCCGGCACCACGUGCCGGACUUUUACAUCGAGAGCGUCGCCGACCUGCUGGGCGCGGCGCAGAUCCAGGCGAACCCCGGCGCCGGCGAGGAGGAGGGGGAGGGGGAGGACGACUCGGAUGGCGGCGUCUAAAGAGGCGGUGGGGAAGGUCGGGGCGGGGGGGAGGGGUGGGGGGAGUGAUCCGGCGAUUGGUGGUGGCGGUGACGGAGGUGGCGAUGGCGGUCAUGUUGGUGAUGGUGGCGGCAGUCAUGUUGAUGAUGGUGGUGGCAGCGAUUGGUGUUGAUGGAAAUGAUGAUAGUUGUGGUUCGUGGCGGUAGUGAUUGGUAGACGUAACGAUGGUAGUGAUGGUUAGAGUGGUGGUGGAGACCCAUCACUCAGACCCAUCACUUUGACCCAUCUCUCAAACCCAUCACUCAGACCCAUCUCAUAGAACCAUCACUCAGACCCAUCACUCGCACCCAUCUUAUACAACCAUCACUCACACCCAUCACUCGUACCCAUCUUGAACAACCAUCACUCACACCCAUCACUUAGACCCAUCACUCUGACCCAUCUCAUACA